AUGCUCGACUCGGAGUUGUAUCACCCGCGGAACGGGGAUCAUCACCAGCACCAUCACGGUGCCGGUGGCCACCAUCAUCACUACCGGAGCCACCAUCGACACUAUCACUCGCCUUCGCCUCACCACCACCAACACCAUCAAGGCGGUGGCGAGCGGAAGUCCCGAUCCUCGCCCCGGAACCAUCACCACCAUCACCUGCAGCAGGGCAACGCCGGGGAGAAGCUUCAGUACCAGAACGCGUUCGGAGGCUCGGUGGGCGCCAACAUCGGUGGCUCACCGUCGUCGUCCUCGGAGAGGUACUACCGGCACUACCCGUCCCACCAGCACCUCCUGUCGGGGGCAGUGGGUAGUGGUGGCAGCGGGGGAUACUACGAUCUGAGCGAGAAGCUCGACAGCAGCCUGACGGUGGGCGGCGGAAGUCGGAGCUCCGAGAAGAGCAGCAGUCUGAUCAGUGGCGAUAGUAACAACAACCACAAUGGCCACGGACACCACCACAGCAACACGUCCAGUAUCCUGAGCCACGGGAGCGACAGUAAUGUGGCCGGCGGAAGUGGCAGUAACGCCAGUGGGGGCAGCAAAAAACGCACGAUCGUCCUGGUGGGCGACGGGAGGAGCCGGGUGCGGCGGGUCGUGAGGACCCAGACGCGCCAGAUAACGGUCGUCAGCUACUCGGGGCGGAAGAAGGAAACGGAAACGCACACCAGUCACCACGCGACCAUAGUCAGUUUUCCACAGAAAAUCGAUCGCCCAUCGCAGAUCUACUCCACGCACCAUCAUCAUCCGGCGGUCAGCAGCAACAAUGGGCUGCUGGCCAGCGGGGCCAGCAGCAGCAGCCUUUGCGGAAUGCCCGGCGGUGGCGGUACUGGGUCUGCGGCCAGCUACGUCUACGUGCACCAGCAGCCCCACCACCAUCAGGUGAUGGGGACCACCGGAUUGCCGGCGACGACGACCCACUACGUGUCACCCCAGCAGCUCACCUAUCACCUGCACUCGGCCGUGGCCACCGGCAACGGCAACGGUAACGGCUACCACCACCAUGGCUCCCACCAGAACAUCGCCGCGACGCCAACGCUCCACAAGAAGGGCUCCAUCCGGAGCAAUGGCGACGUGCUGAAGCGGACACGUGUGCAAAAUGCGUAUGAACUGUCGCAGGAUCUGCUGGACAAGCAGAUCGAACUGUUGGAGCGCAAGUACGGCGGAGUGAAGGCACGAAACGCGGCCCUUACGAUUCAGCGCGCCUUCCGCCACUACACGAUGGUGAAGAAGUUUGCCUCGAUCACGGCGAUGGCUAAGGCGGAGAAACGCAUGAGCCGUAGGGUGCAGCAACAGCAGCAGCAGCAGCAUCAGCCACCGCCACAGGGAGACCAGCUGGACAUGAUGCAGCAGCACCACCAGCUGGUGGUCGAUGAUGGCCAAAUCUACGCCACCGAAGAUGGAACCAUGGUCGGCCAGCAGCGUGUCUGCGCAACCAUUUCUGCGACCCCUCCGGGGACCUUACACCACCGUGUAACGCCGGUCCGUUCGAUGUCGCUACGUGAGCGACGGCUCGAUUCCAGCCCCAACACGCGCAGCCAGACGGGUUCACCGGCACCCGGCGUGGCCGCCCCAAUCAACCAAUCGUGGAGCCAAAGUCCCACUCAGAUCAUGACGGGAGGCAGCGGUGGGUCCUCGGCUCAGUUGCAGCAGUACUCCCAUCCGCACGUAAACAUCCUGCACCAGCAGCAAGCACAGCUGGCCGGGUACGUGAGCUACACAUCGGCGGCCAACGUCACGCCCUCGAUGCACCAGCACCUUCAGCAGCAGCAGCAGCAGCAAUACCAAAGCCAGUACGGGUCACAGGACUUGAACGUGAGUGGCGUCAGUUCGGCCAGCUCGUCGCAGCUCGACUCGACCGUCUCGUCGAUGAACCUGUCGUGGAACUCGCAGACGGCGGUCGGCGCGACCCACCACCACCACCAAAGCCCCUACACGCCGCACUACACGGCGGCACAAAUCUACAUGCGCCCUCGGGGCAUCGGAAUUGGCAGCUCGGGAGGAAGCAGCGGAAGCACCGCUUCGAGUGUCGGCGGUGGCGCUGGCACCGGUGGAGGGGGCUGUGGUGGCCGCAAAGUGCCACCGGAGGUACCGAAGCGAACGAGCAGUAUCACGGGCCCCGGUGGCCAGCAGUUGCAGCAGCACACACCGAGCCGUACCCUGCGCCCGAAUGGGCUGUGUAAGACGGCCGAAAACGGAAGCCUCAGCUCGGUGCAGUCUUCCGGGAGCGAUUCAUCCGCGUCGGUACCGGGCGGGGCCGGCAGCCUGGGGGGUGGCGGGGCCGUUGAACUCGGUUCCGAUCGGUCCAGCUCACCGCAGUGGACGAAACGCAGCAAGGGUGGGGCGGGUAGUAGCCAGAGUGGCAGCAUACCGAUGCUUCCGGCGCACUCACCGGAUCAUCUGCUCGUCGGAGGGCCCACCACGGACAUUGCGGGCACCCCGAGUACUCGCUCCGGUGGCAGCACCGGUGGGAAUGGUAGCAGUGCGAACGUGACGAUCGCCAGCAUCGAGAGCGAGUGCCUGAGCUCGCACACGAGCGCCGCCCAGUACUCGAUGGAGCAGCACGAUCAGAUCGUCCACACGCCGACCAGCUACAAGGUGUCGGAGACGAUCCGCAAGCGCCAGUACCGAGUGGGGCUGAAUCUGUUCAACAAGAAGCCCGAGCGCGGCGUUACGUACCUCAUCCGGAAGGGCUUCCUGGAGAACACGCCGCAGGGCGUCGCUCGCUUCCUGAUCUCGCGCAAGGGCCUGUCGCGCCAGAUGAUUGGCGAGUAUCUGGGCAACCUGCAGAACCCGUUCAAUAUGGCCGUGCUGGACUGCUUCGCCGGCGAGCUCGAUCUGUCCGGGAUGCAGGUGGACGUGGCGUUGCGCAAGUUCCAGGGCUACUUCCGGAUGCCGGGUGAAGCGCAGAAGAUCGAGCGGCUGAUGGAGGUGUUCUCGGCGCGCUACUGCCAGUGCAACGGCGACAUUGUGGCCCGGCUCCGAUCGCACGAUACCGUGUUUGUGCUCGCGUUUGCCAUCAUCAUGCUGAACACGGACCUGCACACGCCCAACCUGAAGCCGGAGCGGCGCAUGCGGUGCGACGAUUUCGUGAAGAACCUGCGCGGUAUCGACGACUGCCACGACAUCGACCGGGACAUGCUGAACGGUAUCUACGAGCGGGUGAAGGCGAACGAGUUUAAGCCGGGGUCGGACCACGUGACGCAGGUGAUGAAGGUGCAGGCUACGAUCGUGGGCAAGAAGCCGAACCUGGCGCUGCCCCACCGGCGGCUCGUGUGCUACUGCCGGCUGUACGAGAUCCCGGACAUCAACAAGAAGGAGCGGCCGGGCGUGCACCAGCGCGAGGUGUUCCUCUUCAACGAUCUGCUCGUGAUCACGAAGAUCUUUAGCAAGAAAAAGUCCUCCGUGACGUACACGUUCCGCAACAGCUACACGCUGUGCGGCAUGGUGGUCACCCUGCUGGAUGUGCCAAAUUAUCAAUUUUGCAUCCGUCUGUCGCAGAAGGUGGACGGUAAGGUGCUGGUGACGUUCAACGCGCGCAACGAGCACGACCGUUGCAAGUUUGCGGAAGACUUGCGUGAGUCGAUCAGCGAGAUGGACGAGAUGGAAACGCUCCGCAUCGAGGCGGAACUGGAGCGCCAGAAGUCGGCACGGGGUGCCCGGGCCAACAACAGCGAGAACCGGGACAGUGGCGUGGCCGACGUCGAGGUGUGUGCCGGCGUGCCGUUCCAGGUCGGUGCCGGUGGAGUCGGCGUCGGUGUCGUCGGUGGCGUGUCCCCGAACGAGUGUGGCCUCGUCGCGCACGGUGGCGGCGAGGCGCAGCUGAAGCGCAGCGCGCUCAGCAACUCGCUGCUCGAUAUGCACGAACAAUUUGGCAAUGAAAAACCGCAACGACGCGGUAGUGUCGGCUCAUUAGAUAGUGGAAUGUCGAUAUCAUUUCAAUCAACAUCCGCAAGCACUGGCUCACGUAGCGAUAUCAAAGUACGAAUGCUGCCUCAUAGCAACACCUCCGGUCAGAUAAUAAUGCAUGCCGGUCAGCAUCCCGCUGCCCUCAUGGGUGCCAUCUAUCAUCAGCAAGUCCAUCACCACCAACAGCAGCAGCAGCAGCAGCAGGCGGCUGGACACCACCACCAUCAUACGGCGGUGGCGGCCGCAGCAGCAUCGGCCACCGGCGGGGGGGUGAUCGUCUCGGUGGGUCAACCGCCAGCAUCCUCGCAUCUGCUUACCAGCCAUCCGCAUCCCCACCACCACCAUCCUGGUGGUGGUCCUACCACAGCCUCGAUGAUGGCCAGCAACAGCAUCAUGGCACCGGGCGGGGCCACGACAACCACCCUCAUCUCGGCCAACAGCAGCACCAGCAACAGUAUUGGAGCUAUCCGUCGCGAGCGGAAACCCUCCCGCACCGAAGAUGCCGCCACGACGCUGGCAGCACUAACGGCAACAGCACCCAGCAACAGUGCGGGAGCCUCUAGCGGAGGAGCUAACAACGCGAACCUAGCGGCGGCGGUAGCACCAGCACCACCGACCGGCGCAGCCGCCGGGGCUGGCGGUGGCAACUUUGGACGUUCGACGGAAGUCUAA